AGUCCCGUGUCCUUUCCCUUGGUCGACAUCGAUUCCCGUGGCGGUCGAGUGUUCAGUGAUAACGCGUCGGGACGUGACGGCCCCACGCCAGGACUGCGUCGUUCGGUUUUGCAGGGAACGGUGUGAAUUAUCGAGGGUAUCGAUGUACGCCUGCCUACGAGCCACGUGUGUGGUGCAGUUAUGUGUUCUCUGGUAAGUUUGUUUUACGAUCGAAUCGACGAUCGUGUAGAAAGGCGCUUAGUGGUUCCCGAGACGUGUAGCCGCGAGAAAUAAGAAAGUAAAGCGACGAAAAAGUAACGGUGACGUGCGUGACAAUAAUACAACGCGCUAGAAGAAUUCUUCGACACGUUUGCCCAAAGUAGGAAGUGACAGAAGCAUGCCCGGUAAUCGAGGAAGUAGUGUGCAUGGCGUUAUGCCACCGCAUUAUCUACACGAGUUGCCAGCCGAAGACGAAAACCGGCUGGAGAAGAUAUUUCAGAAAUUGGAUUUGGACGGGAAGGGGAAAAUCGACGUGAAGGACUUGUCGAAAGCGCUACGCGAGGUCGGGGUGGAUAAGUAUUAUGCCGAGGAAUUCUUGGCCCGGUCAGACAGCACCAAAAGCGGUGACAUUAGCCUCGCGGAAUUUAUACAUUACGUCCGUGAGCAUGAAAAAAACCUACGUCUACAAUUCACUCAUCUUGACAAGAACAAAGAUGGAAAAAUCGAUUUGGAGGAAUUGAUAAAGACGUUUGAAGAGUUGGGGGUAAAGAUGGAUUACGACGAGGCGAAGAAACUGCUGCAACGAAUGGACAAAGAUGGAAGUCUUACUAUUAGUUUCAACGAGUGGCGGGAUUUUCUGCUUUAUGCACCGAGUACCGAUCUAUUGGGUCUUAUCGAAUACUGGCACCACACAAACUAUAUGGACAUCGGGGAGGACAUCGGUGUCCCCGAAGACUUCACGACUAGCGAAAUGGUGUCUGGAAUGUGGUGGCGACACUUGGUGUCCGGUGGCGUAGCGGGUGCUGUGUCGCGAACGUGUACCGCGCCUUUAGAUCGGAUUAAAGUCUACCUACAGGUACAUGGAACGCGACACUGCAAAAUCAUGAGUUGCUUCAGGUACAUGCUCCGCGAAGGUGGAUCGAGUAGCCUGUGGCGGGGGAACGGUAUAAACGUACUUAAAAUCGGACCGGAAAGCGCCCUGAAAUUCAUGGCUUACGAGCAAAUUAAGAGAGCGAUCAAAGGUGACGACGUUCGGGAGCUCGGACUCUACGAACGAUUAAUGGCAGGAUCGUUAGCCGGAGGAAUCAGUCAGUCAGCCAUAUAUCCGCUCGAGGUACUCAAAACUAGGUUUGCGCUCAGAAAAACCGGGGAAUUUUCUGGUUUGCUUGACGCGAUGCAAAAAAUAUAUAGACAAGCAGGUCUGAAAUCUUUCUAUAAAGGUUAUGUCCCUAAUUUAAUAGGAAUACUUCCAUACGCUGGUAUUGACUUGGCUGUAUACGAAACUUUAAAGAAUAGGUAUUUACGAACACACGACAAAAACGAGCCUCCACCCUUCUGGAUAUUAUUACUGUGUGGAACAACUUCCAGCACAGCCGGUCAAGUGUGUUCAUACCCCUUAGCACUAGUCAGGACACGCUUGCAAGCUGAUGUAUCACCACGUACGCUUCCUAAUACCAUGGUUGGUGUUUUUAAAGAUAUUAUUAGCAAAGAAGGGAUCCGUGGAUUAUACAGAGGUUUAACGCCAAAUUUCUUGAAGGUGGCACCAGCUGUAUCGAUUAGUUACAUUGUAUAUGAGAACGUCAGGGGGUUACUAGGCGUCAAUAUGACGUGAUGAAUAUUUAUAUUAGGUGAUCUUAAUUUAAUUAUUAAAUUAUUCUCUAAUAAUAUCUUAAGAUAUACAAGCCAGUCGAUCGCGUCGACUAGCGGUAAUAUGCAAUUGGGGCACACUCUGCCUUUUGUUGAACGUAAAGUCGCUAUUUAUUGUUAACUUGAGGCUUCCUCAAUCAUUUAAGCGUUCACCACUUCUAUUUUUUCCGGAUGUAUCAUGCUAGUGGCGUAUGGUCGAGUAACACAUGUUUACAGAAAGAUUUCAACUAAGAGGCUAAGGUGUAAUAAAAUGGCCAGCAUAGGGGAUUUGAAGUAACUUUUAAUGAAUUCAUACGAUACACUGUGUGUAUACGCUCCAAUAA